AUGAGGACAACAGCGCUCUUCGAAAGGUCCGAAACUGGGUGGCGGUUCCUGCAUCGCGGCAGAGCCCUGCCUUCGAUAUUCCCGUCAGCGAGCAGUACCCCGACAGCCAGUUCCCUCUUGGGGAAUGCGUCGAGUACGUCGGCUCACACGCCUUCCGGACGACGUCCGCGGAGAAGCGUGAGCUCGAGCGGCUCGCUUCCUACGACUACGAGAAGAUCCGCAAAGCCGGAGAGGUCCAUCGCCAGGUUCGGAAGUGCGCCACACCUGGGAAGGGAAGCCGUUUUAGGGCUUAAGGUUUAG